AGUCUAAUGCGUUUGCUGGAACUCGGAAUUGUUUUUUGUCUCAAUUCUGUCGAUUGGUAUGCUUAGUUAGUUCUAUAGAAUGAAUUUUCCUUAAAUUUGCAUUGAAUAUCCUCUUGUCGAUCUCUGAAUCGAACUGCUUAUUUGAGUUCUAGAAGAAUGUUGCAAGAUUUUCCCUUCACUUCCUUCUGAUAUGAGGGAAAAAUAAACCAAUUUUUGUCUCUGUUAUCGGUGGGGAGCUUUGGGUAUCUUAGUCUCCUAUUCCUUCGAUUUAUCUAGAUACAGCCUCUGUGAUCUUGGAGCAAAGGAGGAAUUUAUCCAGUUGCCCAGUUUCGUAGGCUUCUAAGGUUUCUUUUCCAUAAAUGAUCUUGUUUAUAAGAAAGGCAACAAGCUGUGAUCCCACGUCGCCCUGCUCCCAUUUCCAUUGGCAUUGUGUUUCAGUUGUUCAUGGCUUUAUGUAAUGGAUGCAGUACUUCAAUUGACUGCUGUGGUUUUAUACAUGCACUUCAAUUUGCCCAUGCACUUCAAUUGGUGUUUUAUUGAACCAUCCUCAGUAUUUCUUUUUGCAUUACGGAUCCGACUACUUUACAUGCACAUUCUCUCAAGAUCACUUAUCACUUCAUUUAAUAUAAACUAGAUUUCAAAAGUUGACUGCUGUCUUGUCCCCUCCACAUUUGAUUCAAUCUUCAUUAUGGAAUUCUAGUAGGAUUCAUAGUGUUUUAGUCUUCUUAUGUCAAAUAGGAUUCCUUUUAGGCAAGACAUAUCGAGGUUAGGGCUUUCCAUUGCUCUUAUGUAUAUAGACAUCUUAAUUAGUCUAAAAUCUGGAGACCAUUUAAUCUGUCUUAUACUCUGACUCACAUGUUACAGAGCUUGUUUUUUGGUAAGAUCAGAACAAACUGAAAGGCUUGGAGGAGAGGAUAGAUGCCAAUUUUCUUCAUUGGAAUGUCUGUUUAAAUUUUUGGCUUAUAUAUUUGGAGCCUUCAGACAACCAUGGAGGGCAGUUCCACUAAAUUCCGGGUUGUGAGAUGCCCAAAAUGCCUCAAACUUCUGGUGGAAUAUGCUGAUACUCCAGUAUACCAGUGUGGUGGAUGCAGCACGGUCCUUCGAGCCAAAAAUAGUACUGCUGCUGGAGAAAAUGUUAACACAAAAUCAACCGAAACCAAUAAUUCUGAGAGUCUUGCAGACAAUGGCUUCUCAGAUAAUGGAUCAACCUCUUCUGUGAAACAAAUGAUUGCAUGCUCCACAAGUGCGCACUCUUCGGAGUUGGAGCGCGAGGAAAAGGAAACCAUGCUUUCAAACAUCUACUCCUCUUAUUCAAGUGCAGAACAUAAUCAGCAAGAGGAUGGAGAAACCUCUGGUAAAGAAAAUGGUUCAAAUACCAAUCAACUUGCUGUCAGAAGUGAUGCAUCCCAGAGCCAACCAGAUGAAGGCUUUCAUUCUAAAACUGAGGUGGAGGAAUCUCUGGAGCGACUUCAGCAACAUUCAGGGAGCUCAAAGGUAAUGAAUAAAGUGGAAGAACCUCCUGACUCCAGCCAGAGUGUUGCCUCUGAGGAGGAUACGGUUGAAAGAGGAUCCGGUGACGGCCUUGACCUUAGUUACUCUCAAGAUUAUGAUGGCAGUAUAUCUUCUUCUGAUGCUGGGUGCAACAAUCGCACCCGGGAGAGAUUUCUGCGUCGAUCUGGAAGAACUUUUAAACAACCCAAAGUUUUGGAUAUGGCUGAUAUCAAAGGAAAGCGAGGGAGCCAAAUGACAAUUGAUGUUGAAGCAGACCUUCAGGUCAGCAGGACCCUCUCAUCAAAAUUAUCAAAUGAGAGGCAUGGCUCCGAUAUCAUGAGGAGCUUUAAUAUGAAGAGAGAUGAAUUCUCUUCCAAAUAUGGGAUGUAUGAACUAGACAAAGAGACCUCCUUUCAUUCUGAAGAUUUUCAUUCAGUACAGAACUGGAUGGAACCAGAAAAUGGACCUACAGGUUCUCCAUCAAGAGGAUCGCAUUUCCAACAUGAUUUUUCCAACAGCAAAUCAUCAAAACACCUCAGAUAUGACAGAGUGAAUUCAUUAAGGAAUAUGGAUGAAUUAAAAAAACUUGUUCAUGGAUUUUGGGAUCAAAGAACAGAAGGGAGAAAACCUUACUUCAGAGGCACUGAUUGCGAGCAGCAAUUCUAUCACAAGUCCAAGAACCAACCUCCUCAGUAUUUUAAAUCAAACUUACUUCACCGUCCACCUGAUGCACUUUAUGGCCCGAGACAGAUUACAUCCCAACAGUAUCAGUUCUCGCAAAUGGCUUUCUCCGGAGAGCCCUGCUGUUCCUGUUUGCAUAGCCGUCUGGAAGACCAACGACUGCAGUUGCAGAGCAACCGCUGUAUUGAUGAUAUAUGUAGAGCUCAUGCCUACACGCUGUGCUCCCAUUCUUCAGCAGCUGGAAGCUCACGUACGCUUGACCAUGAGCAGGAGCUGUUGCGUUACAAUGAGAAAAGGAAGCCCAAAAAGAACCAUUGCCGGCCUAUCUCCGGGGGUGCUCCUUUCAUCAUCUGCUGCAAUUGCUUCGAAUUGCUUCAGCUACCAGCUGAUUUUCUCGUAUUGAGGAGGAGACUGCAUAAGCUGCAAUGUGCUGCCUGUUCCAAAGUUCUUGCACUAUCAUUUCCUGCUAAAGCUUGCAUUAGCCCUCUGGCUCCUCCUAUCAAGGAGGUGCAUCUACACGCCGAGGAGGCCGAUCGCACGCUGCAUAUCUCGAGAAAUUCUUCUGCAGGAAAAAAUGUCAAGCAGACCUCAGGGUCACAACUUCAUCGGCUCAUGGGGUACUCUUCAGCUAGUGAGCUACUAUAUCGACGUUGGGAUAUUGAUGGAGGUUAUGAAAGCAUUUAGAAUAUCUGUGGUACCUAAUUCUGACAGACCUUCUCGGGAAAGCAUGCAAUCGAUGGAUCGAGCAAGUGACGAAUGUGUCUUUCAUGUCAUGAGCAAAUAGGACCUUGUACUGAUCCAGAGGUUCUUUGCUUUAUGAUGGACUGGUGAAAGAGGCUACAAGGGAGUUGACGCAUGAACUGGCGAGCGUGAAAUUGCAAGUUCAUGCAGAUGAAAGUACUAUCCCAGAUCCUUGAUAUCCCAGAUUCUUGUUAGCUUUUGUGCAUAGAUGAUUAAAAACCAUUUGUGAAUAGAUAAUCAAAAACAAUCUCUCCCUCUUCACUUAGAGACUAUCUGAAUGAUACAAUUUUUUCAGCUCAUGUCUGCGUCAUUAUUUUUUUUUUUCUCUUAUAUAUUGGCAAAUCUUCCUUCAUGGAAUUCUCGGCUUUCACAACUAUAGUAUUGCCUUCUCUGAAAGGUACUUCGUGUGAAAGGCCCUUGCGUUUGGCCAUUUGAUGGUACCAUGCUAGCUUCCAUCCCCUAAAGUAGAAUUUAUAGUUGAGAUCACAAACAAGCUGCAUUGCUUGAGGUUGUUUCACUUCAUAUGACAAGCGUAUUUCUCCAGUGUCCUGAAAACUUGCAUUACCAGGUAAAACGGUUAUUGUCAAGACUGUCUGAUUAAACUUUAAGAAUUCGACUUUUUAUAGGAAAAGAGUUAACUGAUUGGAUAAUUUAUGAGGACGUCAGCUCAUACAAUAGUUUGACUACAUAGUUUGAUGACAGUGCUGUGUGUAACCAGCCA